AUGGAUCAUUAUAUGGUUGACACAUCAGAGGAUAGGCCUUCUACUACACAGAAGAUAGCACCAGAAAAUGCAAGAGAGGCGCGGAGAAGAGUGUGUAAGGAUAUAGGCAGAUUCUUCUACGAAAAUGCAAUUCCAUUUAAUGUUGCAACAUCACCUGCUUAUUACAACAUGAUUCGUUCAGUUGGAGCAUUUGGGAGAGGGUUCAAACCUCCAACCAUGUCAAUUGAAGCAUCUGACCAGGUCAAAGAUGCUGAGUUCAUAUUUAGAUUAUUAGAUAGCAUUGUUGAAGAGAUUGGAGAACAUUUGGUUGUACAAAUUGUGACAGAUAAUGCAAGUUCUUAUAAGGCUGCAGGUAAUAAACUUAUGGAGAAGAGGAAACAUUUGUAUUGGACUCCAUGUGCUGCACAUUGCAUAGAUCUGAUUCUUGAGAAGCUUGGGGAUCUACCUCAACAUAAAAAUACACUCACUAAAGCCAAAAAAAUAACCAAGUUUAUUUACAACCACUCUUGGAUUCUAGCUCUUAUGAGAAAGUUUUCGAAGAAAGAAAUUCUAAGGCCAGCCGCAACAAGAUUUGCCACCGCAUACUUGACCUUAGAGAGCAUGCUGGAUGCCAGACAACCUUUAGAGGCUAUGUUCACAUCUACACAGUGGUUGAGUUGUGCUUGGGCGAAGAAGGCUGAGGGAAAAGAGAUUAGAAAGAUUGUUUUAAAUGACAGAUUUUGGCAAAGUGUCUUAUAUGACAUUACAACCACUAGACCUUUAGUUCAUGUUUUAAGGAUGGUGGAUGCUGAGAAGAAGCCUGCAAUGGGUUUCAUCUACAAUGCUAUGGAUGAAGCCAAAGAGAUGAUUGCCUCCAACUUAGGAGGCAGUGAGGGAAGCUUUAGGAAAAUUUGGAAUAUUAUUGAUGAUAGGUGGGAACUACAGCUUCACCGACACUUGCAUGCCGCUGGCUACUACCUAAACCCUCAGUAUCAAUAUGCAGAGAACAAGUCUACAAACCCUGAAAUAAAGUUGGGAUUAUAUCAUUGCAUGGAUCGUCUAAUAAGUGAUGCAACUGAAAGAUCAAAUGCUGACUUGCAAUUGUUGAGUGGUGGAUUCAAUUUGGUGAUGGGACUCCAGAAUUACAACGUUUUGCUGUGA